AUGGCUAAAACAUUCCUCUUUCCUGCCGUUAAUAAUAUUCUCUCCAACAUGGUUAACGCUGGAAUCCUACAGCUGUUCAUGGUUGCCAUGGUGAUUGCCGAGAGAUGUACCAGAGCAGUUCCAAUCCAAGAAUAUCCCGCCAAGAAGGUCCAUGUCUUGAGGCGGGUCCCAGCCACCUGCUCCAACUGGGACAAAGCCUGGGCUUGGCUGACAAAGGUGGACUGUGGGACAAAGUACAG